AGUACCACAUACAUAAACAAAAUCACCCGGAAACUUGAUUUUUGUCACGACUUUAGUUCAUGUACUGUUUGUAUACUUAGCAAUGACGCAAUUGAAUCCGAGAAUUUGAAUUGAAUUAUGCCUACCAGUUUCUAUAACAUUUCUCUUGGAGAAGGAACAUGUCGUAGGAAAGCGGCAUAGUGAAUAAAAUUUAGUUUUGAAACAUUAGAGCGUAUGUAUUGUACUGAGACUGGCGUUUUAAAAAAUCAAGAUUUUAUGUGGACGCUGCUUGUUACAAAGGACGUUACAUACAUCGAAAGGAAAUGCAACCAAUUAAUCAAUAAUUCCUGACUGAUGUGUUACAGAUUCAGUCCAUUCGAAGUUAAGUUUAGUGUUUAGCUGAUACCCAACUGGUAAUGGCAGCUGCGGCAGGACUCAAAGCUAUUACAAAAGCUUUUGGAGAAUUCAAAGAUGUGGCUGUGAAGUCUGCAAUUGCAGGUGUAACAAUAGCCCUAGAAGAAAUUUUGAACCGAACUAUUUACUAUUGUCCAUGUGUCGAACCAUCAGAAGUAGCAGGAUGUAAUACUUCAUCGAAUAGUAUAGCUUCGAAGCGACAAUGUACACCGAUGACAAACUAUGCCUAUGGAUUAGCCUACAUGAUUGUGCCUUGCUUAAUUUUGUUUUUCUUUAUGGCGGCAUCGACUCCUAGGCUUUGGAAACUUUGGACAGGAAUAUGUACUAAAAGCCCGGCUGCAAGAAGUCGCAAAGAGAAAAUAACUUGGACUUUGGCAGAAACCUUUGGACGUUCAUUAAUUGCCCCAGUUAGUUGGGUUUGUUUUGCUCUUAUUGAUGGCCAAUCGUACGCGUGCUCUGUGACGCCACUUCCAUAUGACGUGGGGCCCGGUGCCUCAUACGAGUCUUGCACAAAGGUAGCUCAAUCGAAAAUACCGUUCCACUCAGAUGCUUAUCGCAAUAAUAGAAGCGUUUCUCAAUUAUAUGGAUGGGCUGUGCUUGGAAUCACCGUAAUCAUAGGAUUCAUAGGUUAUGCAAUAUCUCGUUGUAAAUAUCCUCUCACAUAUUAUCACGCAAAAUACUACGAUUACUAUCGUCAAUAUGAAGAAAAAGAGUUUGACCAAGAGAUGGAGGCAAAGGCACAAAAAGAAGCAGAGAAGAACGUUCUGACAUUCAUGUCUGAGAAUAGAGAAAAGGCACUUUGGGAUCAGAUAUCUACGGUGUAUUCUUUCCACAGAAAUCCAAAAAAUGUUGCCUUGUAUUCGUACUUACAUGAGUUCAUUUCAAAAGAGAAAAGCAAAAAGAAUGAAUCCGUCUUAGAUCAUUCAGUGCCGUCAUAAAAUAUUGAUCUCAGAUCAGAUCAACAAUGUUUUUAUGAUCAUAUAUUUUUAUUGUGUGUUAAAUAAUACCUGCGACACUGAUAUACAAAAUCUUUGCUGUGAAGAUUAUUUUCAAGUUUUUAGUUGAACCAUAGUUUUGGUUGCAUAUUUAUAUUUUCUAUUACUCCUCCUCAUGUUUAUGGUGGGUUGUAAUAUAUAGUGUGUUCAACUCAUUUUACUAACAUGUCGCCAUCAAUUAAUAUCGACUUUGCAUGCGAUCCCAGGUUGUGGGAUCUUGGUUAGGACUAUGAACUGAAUUCUAUGAGAAUGAGUGUAUGCGAUUGAGAUCACGUUGAGCAAGUGAAAUCGCAUACCAAAGUGGCACCAAUUGAUUUUGUAAUUUUCAUGCCGUAUGUUUGUGUGGGCUCCAUUUAUGGAACUAUAUAGCAGGCAAUGAUGAGAAAAAUUCGCUUAUUGGACACGUAGUGGACAUAACGAUCGUUUCAAUAUUAUGUUGUUGUUGUUGUUCUUGUUCUUUGACACGUUUUUAAAAAGUCGCUUUUCUCUUCGAAUACUG